AUGGAGAUCACUCGUGAUCGUCAGGCUCGCACCAUUUCACUCUCUCAGGAGUUCUACAUCGACAAUGUGCUCAAGCGGUUUGAGAUGGAGCUGUGCACACCUGUUGCCACCCCGCUGCCGCUGCAACACCUCCUCACUGCUCCAGCUGCGCCCCUUACAGGAGAGGUGCCCCUUAGAGGGAGAAGCGAGGGGAGUGGAGGAAGCGAGGUGGGAGAGGAGGGCUGGAUGGCCUUUAGGAGAAGGAAGCGUGGGGAGUGGAGGAGGCGAGAUGGGAGAGGAGGGCUGUAUGGCCCUUUGGAGGAGGAAGCGAGGGGAGUGGAGGAAGCGAGGUGGGAGAGGAGGGCUGGAUGGCCCUUGGGAGGAGGAAGCGAGGGGAGUGGAGGAAGCGACAUGGGAGAGGAGGGCUGGAUGGCCCUUGGGAGGAGGAAGCGAGGGGAGUGGAGAAAGCGAGGAGAAGGAAGCGUGGGGAGUGGAGGAGGCGAGAUGGGAGAGGAGGGCUGGAUGGCCCUUUUGGAGGAGGAAGCGAGGGGAGUGGAGGAAGCGAGGUGGGAGAGGAGGGCUGGAUGGCCUUUAGGAGGAGGAAGCGUGGGGAGUGGAGGAGGCGAGAUGGGAGAAGAGGGCUGGAUGGCCCUUAGGAGGAGGAAGUGUGGGGAGUGGAGGAAGCGAGGUGGGAGAGGAGGGCUGGAUGGCCCUUAUGAGGAGGAAGCGUGGGGAGUGGAGGAAGCGAGGUGGGAGAGGAGGGCUGGAUGGCCUUUAGGAGGAGGAAGCGUGGGGAGUGGAGGAGGCGAGAUGGGAGAGGAGGGAUGGAUGGCCUUUAGGAGGAGGAAGCGUGGGGAGUGGAGGAGGCGAGAUGGGAGAGGAGGGCUGGAUGGCCUUUAG